AUGGAUCACGAGGACCGCAUCAUCCCCAACCAGAACUCCUCGCCUACUGAGGAGCUAGCGAUAAGCGAAUCUCUCGUCCCCGCUAGAGAAAUUAAGCUUGCAACUACGCUUCAGUUUACAUUCGAUGGCCUUCUGAAUCCUCCUUUACAGCUAAGAGAGGAUCCCAAAGAGGGAUGUGGCGGCCACAUCUGGCCCGCCGGCAUGGUACUAUCAAAGUAUAUGCUGCGCAAACACAGCGAGGAUCUUCUCGGGAAGAGAAUUGUUGAACUUGGGGCUGGAAGCGGCCUCGUUGCCCUUGCUGUCGCGCGAGGCUGCAAAAUCGACUCUCCUAUCUACGUCACCGAUCAAAAGCCGAUGCUGCCGUUAAUCGAAGAGAACAUCAUUUUGAAUGACCUCUCGGGUUCUGUAGUUGCUGCCUUGCUGGACUGGGGCGAUUCAGACGCACUCACGACUUUACCAUCGCACCCCGAAGUUAUACUCGCAGCGGACUGUGUGUACUUCGAACCGGCGUUCCCUUUACUAGUUUCCACGCUCGAUGGAUUAAUGGGGGAAAACUCGAUGUGCUACUUUUGCUUUAAAAAGCGUCGUAAGGCGGAUUUACGAUUUAUAAAAAUGGCGAGGAAGGUAUUUGAAAUCACCGAGGUCACUGACGGUAUUAACCAUGUGGCCUGUAAACACCAGAGUAUAUUUUUGUAUAUAUUGAAAAGAAAGCCGCAACCGGCUAGGAAGAAUAAUAUAUCAUCUCACAGCACGUAA